UAUAUAUAUUGUUUUACCUUGUCAUACAUAUUGUUUUACCUUGUCAUACAUAUUGUUUUACCUUGUCAUACAUAUUGUUUUACCUUGUCAUACAUGUUGUUUUACAUUGUUAUACAUAUUGUUUUACCUUGUUAUAUAUAUUGUUUUACCUUGUCAUACAUAGUGUUUUACCUUGUUAUAUAUAUUGUUUUACCUUGUCAUACAUAUUGUUUUACCUUGCCAUACAUAUUGUUUUACCUUGUCAUACAUGUUGUUUUACAUUGUCAUACAUGUUGUUUUACAUUGUCAUACAUAGUGUUUUACCUUGUUAUAUAUAUUGUUUUACCUUGUCAUACAUAUUGUUUUACCUUGUCAUACAUAUUGUUUUACCUUGUCAUACAUAUUGUUUUACCUUGUCAUACAUAUUGUUUUACCUUGUCAUAUAUAUUGUUUUACCUUGUCAUACAUAUUGUUUUACCUUGUCAUAUAUAUUGUUUUACCUUGUCAUACAUAUUGUUUUACCUUGUCAUACAUAUUGUUUUAUCUUGUCAUAUAUAG